AUGGAGCAGCAGCUGUCCGUGGAUGCAGCGAACUCAUCUCUUGAUAUCAGUCCGAAGAGAUGUCCACAAAUCUGCCUCAGUCCGAAACACAAGAAGAUUCUGCGGAGCACAUUUGCACAAAUGAACUCCGGCGGCACAUUCCUGAAGUUGAUAGAGCAGGUGUUUCGACGUCUAGAAGCGAAAUACCCCGAUAUCAGGUCAAUUUUUCUGACGACAGCUUUCGUAAAUUCGCUCUCCCGAGAGAAAAUUUCUCCAUCCGUGGUUCGAACGGAGCACGACCACUGCAAGUGCUUGGUGUCAAUGUUCGAGAAAAUCAUGGAAAAUUUGAGCGAUACGAGUACCCAGUUGAAUCCAUUAAGCCUUAUACGCACCUAUGGUGAGAAACACGCACAGAUGAAGGAAAGCGGCAUGUGUGGAAGUAUGAUCGAACAAUUUGGUGAAACCGCCGUUGCCGUCAUUGCAUCGCAGGCGAGUUUUCAGCUUUUUUUUGAUUACAUGUGUUAG